UGUUGGGUUCUUGGCGUGGGAUGCAGUUGCGACAAUUUGUUCAAAAGUAGGAGAGCUGGGUCGAGGAGUCUAGUGUGCAGACCCGAAAGAAUAUCUGGGAUUAAGACCAACACCUGCUUGUAGAGAUAGUCUUCGGGGUUCAGCUACGACCGUGUGUGUGUGUGUGUGUGAGAGAGAGAGAGGGAAUACCGAGUGAGGGUUUGCGACGAGUUGCAUUGUGGGCGUUAUCGGUCUUGAGGGCUACAAACGAAACGUAGAGUGGAAUUGUACUCUAAGGAGCAAACGUCCACAAGAUGAAUUUGGUGGCAAGAGAUUGAUUGAUUGAGGAGUUGAGGCUGGAAUCAGUGGGUUGUUUUCUUGUGGGGAGAUACGCAAGGGUCGAGGUAGUGUAGAUGAUAAAGGGUUUUCUUUCAGUGUGGAGCGUGACUGUGUUGGUUGUUUUCAGAGAGUGUUAUUUCCAUGUAGGGUUUUGGUUUCCUUUGAUUGAUGAGGAUAAGUUGAGUUGAUGAGCAUGAUGGGCAAUGGCGUGCGCUUUACUGAGUUGAAAUAAGAUUGAAGGAGGAGGGGACGUUGUAUAUGUGCGGGAGAAGGCAAAGAAAAGUUGGGGUUUGAAGUUUUUGAUAUCUGUUUUCACUGUAAGAGUUGCGAAUUUUUGCGUCGUUGUUGAGAAUGAAUAUUUUCAGUUUUGCGUCAACGAAGAGAGGCAGGGGGCUGUUGGAAGGGAAGGAUACGGGGCUAGAUUUCACCAAAACCGAGGAAGUUUUGCAACAAGCGCAGCAGGCAUCAAAGGAAACGUUUAACUCGCAGUUUCUGAAUUGUGAUCAACUGGCAGCGCUUGCUUCUAAGACAUUUCCAAGCAACGAGCUGGUUUCUGCAUGUGAAACAUCUCCAACGUCGCUUCAUUCGACGGGGCGCACAUUGUUGAAGCGGUCUCGCUCAGUGGAGAAUGCUCAUUUCGAGGAACAGAAGAAACCCUGCCACCGAGCUUGGGUACUUUCGAACCAGCUGCGCCAUUCUCUGGGCCCUAACUUUGCAGAAACCAUUGGCCAAGUUGUGAAAAAAGAAGCCGGCUUAGCUACCACAUCAUCGCGGCUCGAUUGGUCCUCGCAAACUCCACCCUAUGUGAAAUCUCUAGCGCAGGGAUGUGUCGCUAAACAAGCAACGACAUGGCCAUCUUCGAGUCCUACCGAUCCAAAUUCAGCCGUAGUGCACACAAGGGAGGAGUCAAGGUUGUGGUCAGACUGGCAGAAUCAAUCCAGCGGAGGUGGAGCCGCACCAUCCCAACUCCACGAGCGUGCAACACAGUUCCCUCUCAACGAGAAUGAUUCUGAGGAGACUGCGUUGUGCCAAGUGCUUCUCGGUGCGGGAAAGACUCCACCUCCAGCCAAGCCAUCCCCCGUUAUGCGCGCUCAGCCGAGACGGCACGCGUUUCCGGAGGCUGCUGCCAUGGGCUUCUUCAAGCGCGAGCAGCCGGGCAAUCUACCCUCAAGCAUAAACCUGAUCGUCUCAUCCACUGCCCCACGAGGAUCAUACAUACAGGCUUCCCUACCAAAAGUUGUGCGUAGUAUUCCGCACUAUCGCGGUGUUCGGCAACGGCCAUGGGGGAAAUUCGCAGCCGAGAUCCGGGAUUCGGCACGACAGGGCGCACGCGUCUGGUUGGGCACAUUUGACACAGCGGAGCAAGCAGCCAUGGCAUAUGAUGCCGCAGCGUUCAAAAUGCGAGGAUGUCGAGCGCUUCUCAACUUCCCACUCCAAGCCACACUUCCAACAUUACCACCAUCCCCCUGUAAGACGGAGGAGAAUACCCUUAAAUCUGAGACUUCCUCCACUAGCGCCAAUUCUACAACCGAGGUUUUAGACAUGGGUUCUGUCAAGGCUGAGUCUCCAUUUUCAUUACCCUCUGCAGCAUCAACAACUGCAGCAGACCCAGAGACAACUCCUGUUGCGCUGGAGUUGCAAGACCUCGACACAGAUUUCCUGGAGGAUCUUUUGUCAAACUCUCAUCCGGAACUAGAUUCGCGGCCCACAUCUUCACUUGCAAGCUACGAGGGGUGCCUCUCAUUCUUCCCUGACCUUGACGGAAGCGUCUCUCCGGCGUUGCUUGCAUGAUCUCUGCCACCAUGAGACAGCUUUCUGCAAUCGAAAUUUUCGCCAGUCAGCCUGUUGCCUGUAAUUUACACAUUGAGAGCUUUGUAAACCUGGAGUGAGAAUUCUUGAGCAGACGUUGGAGUGUUGCUGAGAUGAUUGAUAGAAUAUAAAUAUCAUGAUGUAUAGGGCGCACUGCACUGUAAUAUACUGAUUCGUCGACACCAGAACCUGGUGGUAUUCUGCUGCACA